CAUUCACAAGUCAAAGAAAAGAGAGAAUUAAGAGAGAGAGGACAUCAAUCUCAACAUGGGCUUCAUCAAUCUGCGCAAACUUGGUCUUGUGAUUUGUGUCUUCUUGACCACCGCGGCCGUGGUAAGCGAGGUUGGGACUGCUAUCAGAGAAUUCAGUCCCGAGUUGUUGUCUUGUUGUAAGCCGCCGAAAUAUAUUCGAUGCUGUUGCUGCCUUCCAUCGCACGCCAACUACACUUCCGCCGCCGAAGACUCUGCAGCCGGAGGUAAUGGCACUGACUGGCUGCAGUCGUUGCCUUACAACCUCGAAAGUGUACAACCGUCAGCGCCAGGACGAGCCGCAGUCCCUAAAGUUGGUGUGUAAUUAAUGUGUUUGUUUGUUUGGCAUUAUGAUGUACUCCAUCUCGAUGGUUUCUAAUGAAUGAAGUAUAAGUUGGCAAACAAGACAUCUUCCAGUUAUUAAUAAAAAAGUUUAUUUUCUCUUGUUUGGUCUCUAUUGUUCGUUGUCACGGGUUGACGUGACUAUUCAAGAUUAAUCUUAUGCGUGGAUUUUCAAUCUUAUUUAUUUAUUAUGAGCCUUUCUACUAUACUUUAAAGUAUUGGUGCUUUAAAGUACAAUUUCAAGUUGUACAACAACGUUAAAGUUACAAGUUAGAGUUGUACCAUAAGAGAAUUUGAUCUUUAUGUUGUGAUACAACUUCAACUCUUCAAGUUGUACCAUAACUUAAAUGUACAACUCUAGUUUGUACCAUAAAAUGAUUUUACAAAAGAGUAUAGGUACAACUUCAAGUUGUACCAUAAAGGCAAAAAACUAAAGCACCAAUGCUUUAAGGGCAAAAUUUGGCUGCUGGCUGGGUUGUAGCUCUCCGCUGCUACCCAGCCACGUGGCUCCAUGUGAUUGGUUCAAGUGUUAAUUAAUUAUUAGGAGGAUGCUGAUUUUUGACGGAGGGCUUUUGGACGCGUUUUCUUUGACGGACCAUGACGGAGGAGCUGGCCGUUUUCUUUCAAGGUAUUCACUUGGCUUUAUUUUUUAUUUUAUUUAUAUUAUUGUUAUCAAUUGUUAUCAAUUAAAGUGGGAAUAUUAUU